AUGCAACUAUUUUUCAUUCAACUCUCGAUAAUAUUAUACAGUUUUCAUGUUGCCAAAGGCAACGACAAAAUUGAUAAACGAUUCUAUAAUUGUGAAUGUUGCCCACCGCCACCAUGCCGCGAAAAACGAGUACCAUGCUCAACAAAUUUCGAUUGCCAAUGCCUUCUGAUGACGAAAACUGAACAAGGGAUAUGUGCUGAUACAGUCGUUUCGUGUAAAAAUUUGCUACCGUGUGAAAGCGAUAAUAAAACAUGUACAGAUCCCACCACUAUAUGUGUCGCUUAUACUCGAUGCAGAAUUCCUGUUUGCUAUCCUGUCUACUAUACGUCUUCUGAUCGAUGUCCGCCGGUGACUUCAAGAACUUCAAUUUUAACAGUAGGUUCGACGAUACCAUUACCAACUACGAAUCUGGCAUCAUCCACCACUGCUACUGCAUCAAAUUCGGUUACACCGACAACGGCCUAUGUACCUAGCAGAUGGUUGAAUGUCAGUAGUAUGAAUUUUGCACGAUACGGACACACAGCAUCUAUAUUAGCCGAUGGAAAAGUUUUAGUUACCGGUGGAAUGGACUCUAGUGGCUCUACUAAUUCUUCAGAAUUGUACGAUCCACUAACAGACAUUUGGACGAGUACCGGCAAUAUGAUUUUUCGACGGUUCUAUCAUACAGCAUCAGUACUUAGCAACGGAAAGGUCUUAGUUGCUGGUGGCUAUGUUUACAGUGGUUAUUCAAACACUGCAGAACUGUACGAUCCAUCGACUGGGGUUUGGACGAGAACUGGUGAUAUGAAUUCUCAACGAUUCUGUCAUACAGCAUCGAUACUAAGGAAUGGAAAGGUUUUAGUUGUUGGAGGAGUUGACAAUAUUAGUCCUCUCAAUACUGCAGAACUGUACGAUCCAACAACAGAAGUUUGGACGACAGCAAGCAAUAUGAGCUUUCAACGACAGCAUCACACAGCAUCGGUGCUCACUGAUGGAAAAGUCUUAGUUGCCGGUGGAUAUGGUUAUGGUAGUAGUUUGAAUAGUGUAGAAUUAUACGAAUCAUCAACAAAUAUUUGGACGAGAACUGGGAGCUUGAAUACUGGUCGAUACUAUCACACAGCAUCUAUACUAGCGGACGGAAAGGUCCUGGUUGUUGGUGGAUAUGCUUACGAUGGUAAUCUGAAUAGUACAGAGCUCUACAACCCAUUGACACGAGUUUGGACAAUAACUGGUAGCAUGAACUUUAAACGACAGCGCCACUCGUCAUCGUUGCUAAAUAAUGGAAAUGUUAUAGUGACGGGUGGAUACAGUUCGAGUUGCUAUUUAAAUGCGGUGGAACUAUACGAUCAAGUAACGGGGUUUUGGACAAAAACUAGCAAUAUGAGUUUUCAACGACAAUAUCAUACAGCACUAGUGCUAACCAAUGGAAAAGUCUUAGUUACUGGUGGCUAUAUGGCUCAUGGAACUUUGAACAAUGUAGAAUUAUAUGCAUGA